AUGGAGGAGAAGAGUCAGGCCGCGGAGCGAGAAACCAAGAAGGAUGAAGCCCACGAGAAAGAUGCGCGAAAUAAGAGUUCCAAGAAGAGAGAAGCUCGGAAAAAAAAGAAAGAGGCGGCGCAUGCAGCUAGUGAAAAUCACAACAAUAACAAGGAGGAGAAAGAAAUGCCUAGCGCGUGCAAUAUCUCUAUAAAGGAUAUUCAGAUGGCAAUGGAAGUAUUCAAUAUACAACAAAAACCUGCCAAAACUCAGGAGGAAGCAAUGCAAAAGUCUUAUCAAUUUUGGAGCACACAGCCUGUACCAAAAAUGGAUGAAAAAAUUGUACGCAACGAGCCAAUUGAGCCUGAUAAGACAUCUGUUAGAGCAGAACCAUAUUCGCUACCUGCAGAUUUUCAAUGGGAUACUUUGAAUUUAGAUGAUCCUCUGGUUUUAUCGGAACUGUAUACGUUACUCUCAGAGAAUUAUGUCGAAGAUGACGAUGCUAUGUUCAGAUUUGAUUAUCCACCAAAUUUUUUGAAAUGGGCGCUGCAGCCUCCUGGCUGGUGCAAAGAAUGGCAUUGCGGUGUGCGAGUGAGCAAGAGCGGACGUCUAGUCGGUUUUAUUUCCGCUAUUCCAGCCACUUUACGCGUCUAUAAUCAUACUCAGAAAAUGGUGGAAAUCAAUUUUCUAUGUGUGCAUAAAAAGCUAAGAUCGAAGAGAGUAGCACCUGUGUUGAUACGCGAAAUUACGAGGAGAGUAAAUCUGAAGGGCAUCUUUCAGGCCGUGUACACUGCCGGAGUCGUUUUACCAAAACCUAUCGCUACAUGCAGGUACUGGCAUCGAUCAUUGAAUCCAAAGAAAUUAAUCGACAUCAAGUUCUCUCAUCUUACUCGCAACAUGACGAUGCAGAGGACUUUAAAGCUAUAUAAACUGCCAGAGAAUACAAAAGUACCGGGUUUCAGAAAAUUGGUUUACACAGAUAUACCACAAGCGCAUAAGAUAUUGACGGAAUAUUUGGAAAAGUUCGAUCUUGCUCCAGUAUUCUCAGUCGAAGAAUUCGAACAUUGGUUUCUGCCGCAAGCUGGUAUUAUUAACAGCUUCGUCGUGGAGAAGGAAGGAAAAAUUACCGAUAUGGUGAGCUAUUAUACAUUGCCGAGUUCCAUUAUGCAUCAUCAAACGCACAAGACCCUUAAGGCUGCGUAUAGUUUCUACAAUGUGUCUACCACGACACCAUGGCUCGAACUAAUGAUGGAUGCCUUAAUAUCAGCGCGUGACUUGGGUUUUGAUGUGUUUAACGCAUUGGAUCUCAUGGAUAACAAGGAGUUCUUAGAACCCCUCAAAUUCGGGAUUGGCGAUGGCAAUCUUCAAUACUAUCUAUACAAUUGGCGUUGCCCCAGCAUGACACCUGGCAAGAUCGGUCUUGUGCUCCAGUAGACUUCUAGUUAAAAAAAAAUCGCUGUUUAGAGAAAGAGAGAGGACAUCUUUUGCAUGUGUGAUCUCACACAAGAGAUUAAAAAUAGCGAUUAAGUAUGAGCGAACAGAGGAUAUAUAGCAACGCAAUAAAGACAGCGUUGUUAAACGGGGAUAAGGACAACCUUAAUCUUUCUUACCAAUAGGAGUAUAUAAACGUAAUUGCGACGGUCAAAGGGAAUUCGAGAUUUCUUGUAGAAUCGUCACUCAAAUGAAUAACUCAAUUCCUCGAAAAUCGCUCUUGGUUUCGUCAUUGGCGCCUUUGAAGACUCUAGAUUGAAUUAUAUACGAUCGGGACUAUAAUGAAAAUUGUGCAGCAUUGUACAGCGCACGUGUAUAUACGUAUCUGCGUAACUCGAGCAAAUGUAGAUAAGCAUUAUGCAAUUAAUAGCAAUUAUGCGGGAAGCCAUCCCGCAUCAUCGGAGAAUUUUCGAUUUUCAAUCAUGUAAGCCUUUAGACGCCAGAUAACUAUCCGUUUUUUCCUUUACACCUCGGCUAAUUAGACAACAUAUGCCGAAGUAUGAGUGACAGACAAGUUAAAAAUAAAAUGACAUUUAUUGAAA